AUGCCUUCCCAAGACAUCAAGUCCGUCCUUUCGAACAAGCCUGUCUCCUUCACCCUCAAGACCGGCAACGGCAAGUGGAAGUGCACGCUGCACAGCGACAGAUCUGCCUUGGAGAAAGCUCGCUCAGCCGCACCUGUACCUGGCAUCUCCCGCUCUGACUCAGGCUUGUCCACCACCAGCAGCUCAUCAGCUGGCUCUACCCACUCUCACUGA